AUGGCGUCAAUGGCGUUUUUAUUUUUUUUUCCUCUUCUCAACACGUUCGCUGCGGUUGGUAUCAAAACAAACGUCCAGAAAUAAACCCGAGUCAGUUGUGUGAAUGCGCGCAGACACCAAUCGAGCAUCGUAGUUAUGCGAGAGGAAUUAUAAUACAAUUAAAACCAGCGUUUUGUUUGUUUUGUUUUGAAUGAACCGACGUGCACGUGCAGUGUAAAUAACAACAAUUCGGUUCCAUUAUUUUUUAGAGAUAAAGAGUUUUUAGUUUUUUAACGGGCUAUGAAUAAGUUAUGCCUCCGUUUGGUUGCAGUGUUUCAUGGAAAUCCGGGCUUAGUGCUCAGUGGUGCAUGUUUACGCAGAAUGAAAAACACUGCUGGUUUUAAUGCAAGUUCGAGUGGAGCUCGUUAUUGACAAAACACGUCGUUUAUCCAUCGUGUAAAAAUCCGCAGAGGGAAGAAAUAUGAAUAAACACUGAAGAAAAGGAAAAAAAAAAAAAAAAAACAUCCGUCAGUGGGACAUCAGUGCUGCUGAAUGAGAAAAAAAACCCUCCACUUCCUGCAACAAAAAGGUUGUUUUUUUUCUCCCGUGGUGUUUGUGUGGAGCGUGCCACACACCCACUCCACAACAACGACGGCUUUUGCUUGCAUCUUCCAGUGUUUCUUCUGUCAGCAAGUUCAGCAGAGCUGCAACUCAUCCAGCGCCAGCGCAGACGAGCCCAGCGAGGAGAACCACGACUGUGAGAUGGUGAAGAUGACCAAGUCGAAAACCUUCCAGGCCUACCUGCCCAACUGCCACCGCACAUACAGCUGCAUCCACUGCCGAGCACACCUGGCCAACCAUGAUGAGCUCAUCUCAAAGUCAUUCCAAGGCAGUCAAGGACGAGCCUACCUCUUCAACUCAGUGGUGAAUGUGGGCUGCGGUCCAGCAGAGGAGAGGGUUCUCCUGACAGGUUUACACGCCGUGGCAGAUAUCUACUGUGAAAAUUGUAAAACCACUCUGGGCUGGAAAUACGAGCACGCUUUCGAGAGCAGUCAGAAAUACAAAGAGGGAAAGUUCAUCAUCGAGCUGGCGCACAUGAUCAAGGACAACGGCUGGGAGUGACCCGUUCAUCCGUUCUCUUUCUGCUCGGUGACCUUUCGGGCCGCUCUGUAGCGGACUUAACAGAGUGACAUGCGCACGCACACACACACACACACACACACACACACAUACACACACACAGAAAAACACACUCUACCAUUCUACCACCACCAUGCUUCACCCCGACACAUUCAGACUCCCCCGCCAGUGUUCUGAAACUCAAAAGGAGUGACGCGAUGGAGGGACGGGGACCAGCAAAAAGGUGGAAACUACCAGAUCUCACUCCUCCAUCUGCACUCGAUUCUCCUCCAAGAUGUAGACGAUCAACCACUCGAGGAUUUACUCCAUCUCUCUAACUGGUGUCUGUGUUGCUGCAGGUCGUGAGCAGUUAACAGUAACCAGAAGAUUCUUUCUUCUUUUCAUUUUCAACCUGUUUGCAAAAGCGAAUGAUGACCGGUGUGUGUGUGUGUGUGUGUGUGUGUGUUUCAUGUAGGAAUCCUUUCUAAUGGACUGAUGUUACUGGUUAGCAUUACGCCCAGAGACAGUUUUUCACUGAGCAUGCUCUUUUCUGUGUUGGGCUGGGGGGGAGGGGUUUUGUGAGCGGGGCGGGAUCAGACAGGACGACGUGAAACGUUUUAAACGAGAUUUCUAGAAAGGGGUGUGGCUUAUGUAGCAGUAUGGCAGACCCUAUUGGACCAGUGUGGGUUUGAGGGCGGGGUUUGAUGCUUUGCAGUGAUCUUUUGUAUUUAUGAUACAUCCCUAAUAUCUCUCGUACGUGAGAGAGAUUUUCUUGAUAUUUUCUCUCCCCCCCACCACGCCGCCACCCCCCCCUGUUUGUCUUUCUCUCUUCCUCAGAUAACUUCACUGUGCAAUUAUAAUAUUUGUGCGCCCUUCCGGUACAGUUUGUCCCCUGUCUUUAGCUGUAAUUGGUGCUUUAGGCAUGAUCAUAAAAAAAAAAAAACAGUGUUGCUUUUAGUGUUGAGGUGGCAUUUGUGGCAGGCUCCAUGUUUGCAUCAGUACUUUAAGUGAAUUGUGUUUAGUUUUGUUUUUAAAUGCUGUCUGAAGCGCACUGGACAGCCGGGGAAAACUGAACCUAGCGUCUGUGAUCCACAGAACCACUUCCUCUCCUCUUCCUCCUCCUCUUCCUCACCUCACCUCUUCUCCAUCGUACAUCAGAAUCACGGCAUAGUUUUUCCCGAUCACGUGAUAGCACAUGCUCACGCAUCACGCAUACAUUCGGACACACACGCACGCGUCAGCGAGAGGGUGUGUGUUUUACUUGAAUGCAGUUAUUUUGUUUGCACUUUGCAGAGGCCUUGUUCAUGGGUUUAGAGGCAAAAAAAAACACACUGAACUUUCAGUCCAGGUUUUCAUGGAUGUUUGUAGCCUUGGAUGAACUUCAGGGUCAGGUGAUUGCUGGCAUGAUCAUCUCCCUCUUUUCUUUCUUUCUUCUGUUUUUAAACAAGUAGACAGUCUGCUGCUUACCUUUUGCUUCUGUUUCACAAGUUGGCAAAUUAAACCAUAACCGCAGAAACACUAGGAAUUUGGCCAAUUUGAUCAAGAACAUGGAUAAGAAGCAGAAAAGAAAAAAAAAAAUCCGAAAAAAUUGAAGUGGUGUGUUACUGAAGACGACGUGUUGCAAAAAAUGCUGCUAUUAAACAAAUGCAAUCCGGAGCUUUCACUUUAUACCUCCUGCACUUUAGCUGUGUGUGUGUGUGUCUGUUGUCCUCCUCCACAUCUUUGCCUCUAAGCUGCAUGAACCUUGUGCCUCUACAAAAGGACAAAAAAAAAAAAGUAGUAAUUUUUCCCGUUCCUGUUGUGCAGUGCAUGACUCCAGGAUGACUGAUUUCCCUCGUGGCUCUACGUGGGUCAAAAAAAAAAAAAAAACCUCACAAAUUUUUAUCCACUAUAAUAAAACUAUACUCAGAAACCUUAUACGGUCCGAUAUUUUUUCUAGUCGUAGCGGAUGAAGUUAGCACUUGUAUUACGAGGUGGGGAUCGCGAGCAUAGACAGGGGGGCGGGCUCUUCGUCGUAACGGGAAGGGGCGGGCUUUCUUCCAGUAGCAAGCAGGGCGCUCGAAGUAUAACGUAGAUUUCUAUCAAAUAUAAACCGAAAGAUUAUCGCCGAGUUUUUUUUUGGAGUCGAAUCAGUGGCAAACCCCUCAGUUUUCUCCCAUUUAUCGCCAACAAGGUCAGUCAGGUCACAUGGCCUUUUGUUUUAAUCAGCCGAAGUCAAUGCAAACGGGAAUAGUCAUAGAGAUCCUACUUGAAAACAGAGUUACAGACAAAAUAUUGUCCCUGUCUCAGAUUUUGUACAUAAAGUAACAUAUUUAAGGUUUUAUAUAUUAUAUAUACAUAUAUAUAUAUAUACACAUACAUACAUAUUUCUACUGGGUUAGUUCCUCUACUUCCCUGACUUGAAGCACUUUUGUUCACUGUACCUCUAGCUUUCUGUAUGUUUGUGAGACAGAAUGAGCGAAUGUCAGUUUUGUUGUUUUUAUUUUUUGUCGUUUUUUUUUUUUUCUUCUUCCCUCCUCUUUCAUUCAGAAGUAAGUUUGACUCAUUUUUAUUCAUCUAGCUCUCCCACAUCCCAGCUUCUGUUACGUCAUUUUUUUUUUUGUUUUGUUUUGUUCGUCGUCUCGUCGCUCGUCGACGAUAAAGGAGGCUAUUUAUUUGGAAUCUAAAGACUUGUUCUCUCAGUACGAGCUGGUCUGCUGGUCCUGGUUUAGCAUCAUGCUCAGCGGUGAGCUGGAUUCACGCGCAGAAACGUUCACAAGACCUGAUUCUCAAAACAAAACAAAAACAAACCAACAAACAAACAAACCCGACAAAGCUUUCUAAAGUUUCAGAAGCGAAACAAGCCGAAGACGAGCGAGACCAGUGUCACUACCGUCAGUACGCAACCGUGAAUGUGGCCUGCUGAAAACUCAAACCAAAAAAAAAAGUUUUAAGCUAUUUCAGUUUUAUUCUUAUUACUUUUUCUUUUUCUUUUUUUUUUUCCUCAAUCAGCAGCUUAGUAUUGUUUGAUCUUUCUUUUAUCGUUGUUGGUUGUUGAGACAGAUUUUGAAGUCCCUUAUAUCUUCCCCUUCGCUUUGCCUCUGUUAGUGACACUGGUUUCAAACCUCUAGUUUUGAAGCAUCGCAGUAAUGCAGAGGAAACAGCUGGAAGUUUGAAGACAUUUUUCUUAGGACUGUUAUACUAUAAGGUCUGAAGCAUGUUGUAUUUAUAAAGGCUAUAUUAUGUCGUGCCUGUUUGUUUUAAUUUUUUUUUCUCAAAGCAAAAAAAAAAGGCAUAUGCUUUUUUUUUUCUUUUCUUUUUUUUUUUUCCUUUUUACUUAAUUUCAUUGCUUUGCAUUCUGUCCUAGUGAGAUGUCACACGUCUGUUUUUCACUGUAUUGUAAAGUUAUCAGAUAUCACAAUAAAGCUUAAAUGGCAUUUG